CUGACAUGACGUAUGUCGAGGGAAUUCAAUUUAAGCCACCACAGGAGCAGCCCUCCCUUGUUAUAAAAGGCACUCCUCUCGAAGACUUCCAUCCGACAACAUUUCACAACUCUUAGCCCCCUGCUUCUAGGGGAAUUUUUUAAAGACUUUCUUGGCUCUGCGGAACUGACAGUUGCGAUGAUGCCCGUCGUAUUUCACAACCUGGCGUAGCCGCGAUCUGUUCUGUUCAGGAGGCAAAUCUUCAACAGCGGAGAGAUUCUGCUUGAUCGCAUCCAGCAGGAAGUUCCUCUUUUCGGCAGGAGCUAAUCUUGGCCUUGGACGAGGUCCAAAAUCACAACCCGGCAGAGAAGCGAAGCGGCAGCCAAGAAAUCCGCAUUUUCUUGCAAAGGGAGAGAAAUACAGAAGACGUAAUUCCUGCAGCCUUAAAAAAAACAGGUUUUGUGGACCAGAGAAGGACCACUUGGUUUCUUAAUCUUCCCACGCCGUAAGGUCCUGUUGCAUCAUGGACGCUAAUUUCACCGCUCCGUGCAUUUCCAAUGCAUCCUUGCCGUCGUCCUCGGAUACCAAGUUGGACGUGAGCAGGCUCAUGGACAUGCUUCAGAUCUUCUUCUACGCCGUUCUUUUCCUGCUUGGUUCCCUGGGCAAUGGAGCUGUGAUCUGGAUCACAGCCCGUCAGACUGCACGGACCAUCAGCUGCGUCUGGUUCUUCAACCUCGCUCUGGCUGACUUUCUCUUCUCGGUCACCCGGAUUGUGCCCCUCUUGAAGAACGCUUUUGACAAUGGGUGGCCCUUUGGAAGCUUCCUAUGCAAAGCCAACAGCUUCGUCAAGUAUCUCAACAUGUUCGGCAGCGUCUUCCUUUUAGCUGCCAUCAGCAUAGACCGGGCAACUUGCGUAGCCUAUCCAAUAUGGACCAAAAGGCACCGGGACAGCCGCUUGGCCUGGGUCGCUGCCAUCGGAGCUUGGAUCUUGGCCAUUGCCACCAGUAGUCCUUUCUACCACUACCGUGGCAUAAAAAUCGACAAGUCUAACAAGACCAAGUGCUCCUUUUCCCUGGAGGGAAAUGAAUCCGCCAAACUGGUCAUCUAUAUGUUGAGACUGAUUUGUGGGUUCUUGGCCCCUUUCGCCAUCAUUGUAGUCUGCUACGGCAUCAUCGUUGUGGUGCUGAGGAAGCGACGGGCUUCCCUCCGUUCCAAGAAACCCUUCAGGGUCAUCCUGGUUCUUGUGGUCACGUUCUUCCUCUGUUGGGCACCAUACCACAUCUUCCUCCUCCUCAAAUUGGUGGAGGUGAAAGGCCUAGGGCUUUCUAUUGGCCUCCCGCUCUCUUCCUUCCUGGCUUACCUCAAUAGCUGUGUCAACCCUAUCCUUUACUUCUUCAUGGGCGUGGACUUCCACCGAAAGUUGAGUCUUUACAGCAUAAGGUCCGCCUUCAGGAGAACCUUGUUUGAAGACAGUGGCUCCUCAUUCAGGAGCAAACACAGGAAGGAGAUGGUUUCUUCCACUGAACAGCUUCCUCAGUCUUCAGUAGUCCCUCAGAUGCACUGUAGAACCUUAACACUUCCAAGUUCGGUUUAGGAAACUCAUGUGAGUUAGGAACUCAUAAGUGAAGAACGUAGAACAUAGGGCUGGAAGGGACCUUGGAAGUCUUCUAGUCCAACC